UUGUUCAAGCUGGUUUUAGGUCAUAACGUUUAUAUCCAAACUACUGGUCAGAUUUAAUGGAACAUCAUAAAGAAUAAGGUCUGUUUGACUUUUCAGGGCUGUUGAAGAAAUUGGUUGGAAAUAACAAAAAAUAUUACAACAGAUGAAAAAACAACUUGUAUUUACUUUAAUGUAAUUGUGUAGAGAAGUUAUCGUGAGUUAUGUUAAACCUAACUCACGACGUCCAUGGUUUGGUUUAUUAAACACUGAACUCAAAUGUCGGUGGAAUUUAUAGUACUCCAUUCUCUUUCACACUCCAGUCCAGCAGGUGGCGCUAGUGCACCUUUACGCUGGGCACCAACCACCAGAAGAAGCAGAAACCAGAAGCUGCUAGCCGAGCUAGCUUGUUGAUCUGGUGUGUGAGGAGAAUAUUUGAGGCUCUGCAGUAAAAAUGUCUUCACUUCAGUCUCUGGGAGAGUUGAUCAGCUAAAGCGACUAACUGCUGCUGCUGCAGAAAUCUUCUCACCAGGCUGUGGAAACUUUCUUCUCCUCCUCAACAACUUGGUGGAGUUCUUUCCAGAACCAGAGAAGAUAUUCUGCGGUCUUCGUGACAAUCGGAGCUCCAGAAUCAGGUUGUGGAUUGAAGAGGUUCCCUCUAUCAGACUCGCUCAUCUGAGUUGGUCAUGAUGCAGGAUCGCUGCUCGCUCUCUGAUCCAUCCUGCUCACACUCUCCGACGGAAAAGCCCCGAAUCUGAAUGUGACUCUGGAGGAAAAAGCGGUUAGCUCUACUCCGUGAACUCUGCUGUUAGCUAAACACGGCUAAAGAAAACCUGCUUCCACUUCAGGAUCUGGGACUGAUUCAUCGUGUGUUCUUCACCACCUGGACCUGGACAGCAUGGACACAGAUGUUCAACAGAUGGUGGUGGCUAAAGAAGAAGCUCCUGAAGAACAAGGUGCUGGUAUGGACCAGCAGGACUACCACCAAAUAAAAGAGAAACGGGAGGAACUCUGGACCAGUUUGGAGAGAGAGCCUCUCCAUUUGAAGGAGAAGAUUGAUGUUGCCAGGUUCCUAGUCACUGCAGUUUCUAUAAAGAGUGAGGAUGUUGAAGAGAAGUGCUACACCAGCAGCUCCGCUGAUCAGAUCACACCAGAAACAGUUGGGAACCAAGAUCUGAACCAUCAUAAACAGACAUCCAAUUCUUCAGAGACUGACGUUAGUGGAGAUGAAGAUGUUGACUUGACUCUAGACUCUGGCUUGUCAUACUCUAGGUAUGGAACUAGAGGCGGAGACAAUGACAGCAAUGAGAUCAGGUGUUCUGAGUCAGAUGUUAAGACUCCAAACGAAUCUUGUAGCAGCCUUGAGUAUGGUAAACAUUUUCUCAAAAGUUGUUCUCUCCAGAAACAUGUGAGAGUCACAAGUCAUUCAGCAAGGUCUUCAGGCUGUUUGGUUAAAAAUAACUAUGUUAGAGUGAAGCAACAUACAGAUUCAAGCGGGAAAAUCCAAAAAGAACCAAAAACAUUCAGUUGUGAGGACUGUGAAAAAAGAUUUGGUACAAGAACAUAUUUAAACAUACACAUGAGAGUCCACACAGGACAGAAGCCUUUUGCUUGUGAGCUUUGUGGUAGAAGGUUUAGGCAAAAGACACAUUUAAACAGACACAUGAUCAUCCACACUGCACAGAAUUCUUUUGCCUGUGAACUCUGUGGAAAAAGCUUUGGACUUAAGGCAAAUUUAAAAAAGCACAUGGCAGUCCACACAUUUCAGAAGCCUUUUGCAUGUGAGCUCUGUGAACAAACAUUUAGAAGAAAUACACACUUAAAGAGACACAUGAUCGUCCACAUGGAACAAAACCCUCUUGCCUGUGAGCACUGUGGAAAAAGAUUUAGCAAUAAGAAGAGUUUAAACCGUCACAUGAGUGUCCACACUGGACACAAACCUUUUGCCUGUAAGCUCUGUGGACUAAGAUUUAGACAAAAGGCGUAUGUAAAUAGUCACAUGAGAAUCCACACAAGACAUAAACCUUUUGCCUGUGAACACUGUGGACAAAGAUUUAGCCAUAAGACCAGUUUAAACAACCACACGACAAUCCACACAGGCCAGAAGCCAUUUGUUUGUGAGCUCUGUGGACAAAGAUUUAGCCGUAAGACCAGUUUAAACAACCACAUGACAGUCCACACAGGACAGAAACCUUUUGCCUGUGAACUCUGUGGACUAAGAUUCAGACAAAAGGCAUAUGUAAAUCAUCACAUGAGAAUCCACACAAGACAUAAACCUUUUGCCUGUGAACACUGUGGACAAAGAUUUAGCCAUAAGACCAGUUUAAACAACCACAUGACAAUCCACACAGGCCAGAAGCCAUUUGUUUGUGAGCUCUGUGGACAAAGAUUUAGCCGUAAGACCAGUUUAAACAACCACAUGACAGUCCACACAGGACAGAAACCUUUUGCCUGUGAACUCUGUGGACUAAGAUUUAGACAAAAGGCAUAUGUAAAUAGUCACAUGAGAAUCCACACAAGACAUAAACCUUUUGCCUGUGAACACUGUGGACAAAGAUUUAGCCAUAAGGCCAGUUUAAACAACCACACGACAAUCCACACAGGCCAGAAGCCAUUUGUUUGUGAGCUCUGUGGACAAAGAUUUAGCCGUAAGACCAGUUUAAACAACCACAUGACAGUCCACACAGGGCAGAAACCUUUUGCCUGUGAUCUCUGUGGACAAAGAUUUAGCCAUAAGAGCACUUUAACCAAUCACACAAGAGUCCACACAGGGCAGAAACCUUUUGCCUGUGAGCUCUGUGCACAACGAUUUAGCCGAAAGACACAUUUAAACAACCACAUGACAGUCCAGACAGGACAGAAACCUUUUGCCUGUGAUCUCUGUGGACAAAGAUUUAGCCAUAAGAGCACUUUAACCAAUCACACAAGAGUCCACACAGGGCAGAAACCUUUUGCCUGUGAGCUCUGUGCACAACGAUUUAGCCGAAAGACAUAUUUAAACAGUCACAUGAGAGUCCACACAGGACAGAAACCUUUUGUCUGUGAACUCUGUGGACAAAGAUUUAGCCAUAAGACCAGUUUAAAUGAUCACACAAGAAUCCACACAGGACAGAAAUCUUUUGCUUGUGAGCUCUGUGCACAAAGAUUUAGCCGAAAGACACAUUUAAACAGUCACAUGAGAGUCCACGUAGGACAGAAGUAACUUGUAACUACAAGCAGUGUUUCCCCUACUGCGCCACACCUGAAAUUCUAGUGCUGCAGCUAUGAAAUCAAGCCCCUCCCCAACACCCCCGCCCUCACAGUUGACACACGGCACUGAAGCGUUCCGCGCACUAUUUCCCCCUUCCUCGCUCCCAUGGCAGUGAAACGGACGCAAAGGGUUGAGCCGGAUUAAUGUUUUGUUUUUUAUUAUAUGUUUGUUUUUGUCUGUGAAGCACUUGGUGACUUGUGUCUGUGAAAAGUGCUAUAUAGAUAUACUACUUCUUUUACAUUCAUCAGUCCAGUCCCCAGCUUCAUAGUUUCAUUUUUUUUCUCUAGACUUUCAAUUCCAGUAAUCUUAUUACUUUUUUCAGUUAUGUUAUUUCCUUGACCCUUGUUACGACCCAUGCUGAUGUUAAAAAUGAAGGACGAAUGUGUAACAUACAGGUGUGUGUGCAAGAUGGUAAAAAUCCAAACAGAUUUUAUUAUAAAAAAGGAUUUUAAAAACACAAA